AUGUACGCAAUAACACUGUUGGCUAUCGUCGGUGCCGCUAUUGCCGCACCAAACGCACUCGCUCCGCGUGUUGUUGAAGAAUCGGCACCAAAUGAACUCGGUCCGCGUAUUGUUGGAGGAUCUAAUGCUGACAUAGAAGAUUACCCCUAUAUGGCUCUCAUUUUAGCAUCAAAGGAUGAUUAUAUUCAAAUCCGUUUCAUACCCUUCUGUGGUGGAUCUCUAAUCACAACCAGAUCCGUUCUUACAGCAGCCCAUUGUUUCUUGAACAACGUUCUGACAACAAAUCAUUUCCGAGUUCGACUUGGUUCGACAUUCGCAAAUUUUGGAGGUCACGUUCAUAGAGUUGAAAACUGGAUUAAGCAUCCUGGAUAUACGUUUCCUCGAUUAUAUCACGACAUUGCAAUACUGAAACUCGCAACACCCGCCACACUCUCCAGCCGCGUUGCACUUGCCCCAAUUGCUGGACCCAACUACUUGGUCGCAGAUAAUACUACCGUCACCGCUGCCGGAUGGGGCAUACUUGAAUUUGAUGGUGAACCGUCAGAAAUUCUUCAAAAAGUUGACAUACAAAAAGUCAACCACGACAUCUGCAGAGAAAAUUUCGCUGAACUGCAGUCUUUGCUAGGCGAACAUCAAGUUCCUAAUGUAACAUCCGGAAUGGUAUGCGCUGGAAUAUUAGGUGUUGGUGGCAAGGAUGCAUGCGAUGGUGACUCAGGAGGACCUCUUCUUCACCAAGGAGUUGUAAUUGGAGUUACCUCUUGGGGGCAUGAAUGCGCCCAUCCGAAAUAUCCUGGAGUCUUUGUUAACGUACCGUCUUAUACCAGUUGGAUUGUUGAGAAUGCAUAAAAAAAUGUCAGUAAAUUAAAUCUUUUUUAUAAACAUUCAAAUGAAAUACAAAGACAAUAAACGUAAAUAAACAG